CUUCAGCUACUGUAGACUUAGAUCUCUCCCCUCCCUGAAGCCUCUGUUCCCUACGACACGUUCAAUCUGCAGAAAUGAGUUCAGAAUUGUCGCCAAUUCCUCCAUCGCCCGGCUUUGGUGCGCGCCGCAAGGGACCAAAGGCACCUCCAAAGCUGCCCAUGUCCGUCUUCACUCCCCCUCCUUCAGGGACCACGAACGGCUUUCCGCUGCAGCCAGACCCUAGCACGAUGCACCCCAAGGAGGUCGUGGACGCUCAUGUUGUCGCGCCAGGCGGCGAUCUGAGCAAGUGGUCGCAAGAGACAAGCCAAGUGCUUGGUAGCAAGGCUGCUGGCGUCGUCGUAUCACUGAGCGGCACCGGCUCAUCGGAGGUCGAGGCGGCAAUAGCAUCGCUGCGCUCCAGUGGUACUCAGCCACCAAUUUUGGCGAUUCUCGUACCAUUUUCGUUGGACCAAGGCGCACCCUCCGAUCCCCCAGCGUAUCUUCAGGCCCCAAACACAUCAGGCCCCACCAUUGUGCUGUCCACUGUGUACACGCGUUACACACCGAAGUCCGUCGAGGCUCUCCAAUGGGCGCUCGAGAAGGGCUUCAUAGUCGAUGUUGACAUCGAGACGAACCUUCGAGCGGGCGAGGGCGCCUGGGAAGAUCUUGAAGAAUUCCUGGUGAAGGCCAUCCCGACCUCACACAGGGGCAAGAUCAUCCUCUCCAACAUUUUGCCGCCGCCCGAUGAUCUGACACUGCCCAUAGUGAAGCUGCUCACGCACUCCACGUACCAGGACUACCAGGCGCAGACCGCCGCGCUUUCGCUUUACGCCAAUCUCUCGGUCAAGUUCACCCCGCCCGUGUGGGGCUCGCCGACGCCCGGCGCGCCGGAGGGCGGGCCCCGGACGGCGGACACGCUCGACAAGAAGGAGUGGAAGAGGCGCAUUAAGAUGUACAUUGGUCCUGCACUUGAGGCGCUUGGGUACCAGCGGAUCCUCUUUGGAUCCUCGCCAUCGCCGUCCUCACGCGCACAAUCAAACGCUGGCGAUUGGUACGAGCUUGCGCGCGAGUCCUUCGCCGAGCUGGGCCUCGAGCAGGAGGACAUCGAUGCCGUUUUUGCCGGCAACGCAAAAAGCGUAUACGGCAGCAGCUCAUAGUCAGGUGCCGACAAGGUGCAUAAGAUGGGAAAUUGGAUGGAUAACAUGAAAUUGGCAAUUUUUUGAGCGUUGUUGUACGCACAAUAUCACUGUAUACUUGCAGGACAAGAUCUCUUGUAGCCUCGUUUGUGUUGUGUAUAUCUUAUAUUUAUCUUGAUGUUUUGACAGAGCAUGCUU